AUGAUUUUGAAGGCGCGAAAACUUGGAAUCAAGAAAGACGAGAUUGAUAGCCACUUCGACGAUCAGGGCACAGAGAUUCAAGGGCUUCGAAGCCUCUGUUACUCUUACCUUCAGGCCGAAGCUGAGGCAGAUCUGAACGCCAAUCGCGAAACUGCCUGCGCAAAAGGAGGGAGAGAAUUCAGGCAAUACAUCAACGAGGAGUAG